AUCGGGACUAACUUCAACUUAACUUGGUGUACAUGAAGCAGACACGAAUAGAAGACAAGAAGAUGUUGUUUUUAAUCUGUCAUUCCUAAUUAUGUUGCUGAUUAGAUGUCGGGGAGUAAUAUUUGAAUAGUUGUAGGGUGUGGUGAGAUAUGUUCUGAAGUGCUGAGGAGAAGUUUUUACACAUCGAGAUUCAAUAACGGUUUUGUGUUUAAAUAAGUUACGAGUUUGAAAUAAGAAUAUCAAAGUAUCUUAACUUAUUCAACAUGACAAAUUCUACCGCUGUAACGAUGGAGUUAAUUCCAACCACAGAAGAAGUGUUGUCCACUACAUCUGCCUCAUUCAUUGAAACCAUUAACCAGAACUACACCAAUGUGAGCCUGGAAGAUAUCAGGAUGGAUAGUACAUUUGCAAUGCUUCUGUGUUCUUUCUUGUUUGCCAUGACUUGGGUCAUAUAUAUCACAUAUUACAACUCGAGAGUUGCUGGAUACUUCAUUACUAAGGCACUGAACAGAUUCUUUGUGAGUGAGGGUUACGCAAAAGUAGGCUCUUUCACACUUUGUGCACUAUCAGGCAAGAUAAUGUUUCGGGACAUAAUUUACAUCACUCAUGACUACAGUGUCAGAGUACAAGAUGGAUGGAUGAUAUUUCGCUGGUGGAGAGCCUAUGUGCCUAAAGAUGUGUCUGAGGAUCUGUCCCAUUCUGAUACUCGGUUGUCCGUGAUGCUCAAUGGAUUUGAACUCCACUUUUACAACAGAUCAGCUGUGUAUGGACACCUAGAGCGUGUCUUUGGGUUAGAUCCUGUACUCUUUCCAUGGGAUGCAUCCCUGUUUAGACAUUCUGAUGAAAGAGAAGCACAUGAUCCAGGAGGGUCACGACCCCGACCCCAGCCUGGCGCCGGCUCUUUGGGCAAGAGUUGGCGCGAUCUCAUCCCUGUCAUCAAAGUUGAUGUCUCUUCUGGCCGGGUGGUGUUUGGAAACAGACUAGUGCCAACCACUCUAUCUAUCCUGGUGGAGGAGGCACACUUUGUCUACUCUACCAAACCUGCAGCAUCCAGACUGGACCACUUCAUGCACUUUGCCAAGUGCAAAGCAGAGAACUUCAAGGUGAUUCUCGCACCUAGCCCCAAAUAUACAGGAAUGGCAGAUGAUCCUCCAAGAUACAUGGGUGAAGGUUUUGUUGUUCUUUCUUCCAACAAUGUUGAACUCUACUACUACAUGGAUGAACCAGGUCUGGUACCAGAACAACCAGAGAUGCUGCAGCUGGCCAACGGCGACAUUGUUGAGUCUGCUCCACCUAUCUGGGGCAUGGAUAUUAAGUGUGGCAAGGGUACAGACUUCAGUUAUGGACCGUGGGCUGACAGACAACGAGAACAUCUGUUCAAAUUCUUUUUCCCUCAAGACUGCCAACCUCUCAAAGUUACCAAAGCUCCUUUGCCUGGAGAGAAGCGGAUGGUACAGUCAUUUGACAUCAGGCUGAGUACCCUACAUGAAGCUACAAUUGACAUCCUAUUUUCUAAAAACAAGGAAACAAAUGCAGUACAUGUGAACGUUGGGCCGGGUUCAUACCUGGAGAUGACAAUGCCUUGGGUGGUGCUGCCUGACGGUUACACAACCAAAGUGAUCGGACAACUUUUACACCUAGAGGCCACCACUAGCUUGACCUACCGCAGCCUCGUGGUCAGUGAGACCCUAGAGUUCACUCUGCGCUCUCGCUACCCCCUCAAGUGGAAUGGCCACCAGGAGUGGCUCCUGCAUCUCACCGGCUGCAAGGCCUCCGUUUGGUUCAUCUACGCCCACAAGGAGUUCUUCCAAGAUAUGGUAAAUGACUGGUCUAGUAAGGCACGUCCAGAUUUACUACACUUCAUUCCCUACACUUGGCGUAUCACCCUCCUGCUCAAGGAGUUUGAGUUCAUCCUACCUUGUAACGAGUACAACUGGGUGGACUGUUCUUCUCAGAGUCAGGAGAACAUGUGCAUUGCUUUUUGUGGUGAACUGUUUGACUUCUCAUUUGACCUGCCAUUUGUGGACUUUCUUCCUGCCACAUUGCCACUUCGUUUCUGGAUCCAAGGAGAAAGCAUGGAUCUGUCGAUGUACCUGCCAGAAGUGUUCACAUCGCAGUGUAUUGUGUUGGCACUUGACCAGAAUGCCAGGUUGCUCGGCCGAGACGGCAGUAUUAUCAGGGGCAGGCUCAAUGAGAACAGUCGCAAAUGGAGGAACAAGUGCCAGCGAAGUAACGGCUGGCUGGAUUGUUGGUCUGUGCCAAUCGUUGCUCUCAGUAUCAACUAUACCUACCACCCCAUGCCACCUUAUGGACCCCCACCCCAGGCCGAUAUCACCACACCUGAGAAGGAAGAGAUCCUGCUAUCUCCCAUGAGAAUACCCAGGAGCCGUAAAUCUCCUGCACUUCAUCACUGGCGACAGCAAUCUGGGUGUCCCAAGUUUGAUCCAACCACAAUGUCUGCAGACAAAGUUACUCUGGACCUCGAAAUCGGCCCGUCUGUUCUGCUGGUCUAUGGCUCGUGGAUCAGGGGCUUUGUGAAUCUCAAGGAAAACAUAUUUGGAGAUGACCAAGUAUUUACGGACAUGAACGAGAAGCCUGAGAUGCCUGCCAAUACUAAGACAGUGGAUGGCAACACGGCAGGAGACAACCAAGCCGCAGGCUCUGAUGAUGACAAUACUAGCUGCAAGGACUUUGAUCCUCGGGAGUUCCGUCCCCUGGAGGUGGUUGUGUCAAUCACUAUGCAUGACAUCCAAGCUCAUCUCGUUAAGAACUGCAACGAGAAUGAUCCACCAUGCCCAAUAAUCUUGCUGGAGAGGUUUGGGUUUGAGAUGAAGAAGGGAUACAAGGAGACCCAGCUACAGCUACUUUUGUCACCUGCCAUACUGUUGAGCUCAGACAAAGUCACCACCCGUACAGUCAGGGACAGACACCUGAAUCAGGGCCAUCUCAUGCUCUCAGGACUUCAGCUGCGAGGCCAGGCCAUGUUCAGCGAUGAAGGCCGCAAUGUGGACCAGGAGACCCUGGAGUAUGCCUGGCUGCUGGAAAUACAGUUGGGGCGGCUCACUGGGAAGAUGACAACUCCUCAGCUUCACCAUUUGGUGACCAGUCUGGAGACUCUACUGCUGCUGACUACUGACUGUGAGAACCAAUUGGUUCCUCCCCGCCUGCCCUCCGCCUGUCACCAUGGGCUGGCUCCUGUACAGUGUCCAGACAGUGACCCUGACGGCUCCUACCGCUGCCCCUCCGCCGACCAAAUCAAGUACCGCAUGGUGCGUGUAGCCAUUGAUGCCAUUGACCUCCACAUCCUCGAGUCAGGCACCGCCAUCAACGUAUAUGCUGCACCUAUCCGCUUCUCUACAUGCAAUCUUCAUGGCAACCAAGUGAAGUCUGGCUUGACCGGUGUAUUGCCAUGUGUGCGAGUGAGACAGCUGAUAGCAGCUAAUCACCACUUCGGCCACACAACAGGUGGUGGUAGUAGCAGCAACACGAACACGACAGGCAGUGGGCGCUCUCAGCAUGGCAGGUCAGGAACAGGAGAGAACUCUGACCUGUGGCUAGAAGUCGGCUCAAUAUCUCUUGGACCUCUGAUCGUAGAAGCUGCAGUGUCAUUGUCAAGUACUGAUCGCAACUUACACCUUGUCCAACACAAGUACCUGAAAACUCACGAUGAAAAGAGCAAAAGGCUGUGGUUCCUAUGGACUAAUGAUAAGACAUCAAACAGUGUUGGAAAAUGUGGAUGCAUUGGAGGUUGUGUGUUUUUCGGACAAAAUAGAAAUGGUAAACGGUUUUUCAAGCCUAAUCGACAAGAUGCUACGGAUGGUAUCAAUAUUGCUGCAUUUAGGAUUAAUGAUGCAGGAAAAGAUCCAGGAUUUGGACAAAGUAUUUUACAUGAAGCUCAGCUUGUGUUUCAUACACCGCCAUACAAUUCCCAUGACGUGUCCAUACAUGACACAGCAGGUGUUUGGGUGGACUCUGCCCCCAAAGUUGUCAUGGGCUCUCUCAAAGCACCAGUGGACCAAGUCACGAUGGAUAGCCCUCAUCUACAAACACGAGUGGAGCGUUCACGAAGCGUCACAGAGACCAAUAAGGACAGCCCCGUGAUUGGCAGCAGACUCAGCACAGCGACUGUCAGUCCUGUCAGCUGUGUCAAAACUUCUUUGGGCCGACGGUUCUCCUACACUUCCUGCACGAACAGUAGUAAGCCGGCCGCCAACGGGCAGAGCAAGGAUGUGCCAUACGCUCGACUCUUAGAUGCUAGUCCUACAACACUAUUGCCACCCAAGCUGGACUCUGACUCACGGCUCCAUGCCACUCGCUCUAUAUUGAGUGUGCCUGAGGCAGAGUCUGCCCCUAAGUCAAGUGUCAGUGACUCUAAACUGGCUGUAGACUACUUCAACACAACAGCCCAGCAGUAUAAUGCUCUUGUCAACAGUGUCAACUGCCCCAGUCAGCCGAGCUCUGCUGUAAUCUCGUCAGAGUCGGACCACUCCCUGGGGAGAGAUGAGGCAUUGGUAGAGCGCACUGUAUCUAUCUGCAGCGAGAACCAGUCUGAGGCUUUCUUCUCUGCAGAAGAGGAGUUGAGUGGAGGCCAGGCUGGGGUUGUGUUGCCGUCCAGCCGAUCUUCUUCUCUGCGCCACUCUCUCGGCAUCUACCGUCACGAGAAUGGCAACAACACAAUACCAAAGAAGCGUUUUGGCAGUGACAUGAGUAUAGUAGCUGGAACAGGAGCUGUUGCUCAAUCUGCAGUGCUGGACUUGCAGACAUCUCGACUCUCCAGUCACAGGAGUGACCAUGAGAUCCACACUCCAGAGCACAGGAGUAACGUCAGGCUGGAGCAGGGAGAAGAUCAGAAGUCAGUGGCAAGUCAAGGAGUCUCUCCCCUGAUGCGUCAUGUCCCUACCACCAUUCCUCGCUCUGUCAGUCCAAGAUUUAUGGCCAACGGCUCCAACAACAUUCUGGGCCUGCCAGAUUCUUUAGAGGCUCAGGAGGCAUCCACAAUGCUUCUGGACUCUUCUGACACUCACUCAGUGUCCAGCACCUCCUUCAUAUCUGCUGUGUCCUCCCAGGAGGACCUGGCUCUCGUCAACCUGCAUAUGCAAGUCAACAAGCCCAUCGUUGAGUCCCCAUUGCUAAUGUCAAGUUACGUCAAUCACCUCUCUCAGGUUGGUUGUAGCAACUGGGCUCUGUCUUCUCUACCACAAGGCUCGGAUGCAUUCACUGUGCCACUGUUUCAGAGGACUAGUGAAGGCAAACUGGUUUAUAUCGGCAGCAAGUAUACUCCAAGGUUUGAGACACUUGUGGAAGGGUUCACAUCACUGAAGAUGAUUACCAGAGACAAGGAGACUGUCAACUCUCCUGCCCCUCCUUCUAGCAAAACUCCCACCCACCCUUACAACUGGGAACAGGUCGAUUUUAACAACACAGAGGAUGAUUCAGCUCUUGAAGCAGGAGUGCAGGAGGAGCUGUUAUCCCUUCGCAAUGAAAGUGGCACCAGAACCACAUUAGUCGUCAAGAUGAAGGGUGACAUUGACAUCAUGGUCAGCCCACUCGUGCUUGAGUCAUUACAGAGGUUUAUUGAUGCCUUGACACCAACCCUGGUCGGUCUACACCCGCUGAGUGUACUGAACCACCUUCACCUGUCUUGUAUCCAGCGAGUUGAGGCUGCCAAUGUGUUGAAACGAGACCAGUAUCUGAGUCAGCUGACUGGUGGUGGCAGCAAGCGCAGUACAGCCGAGCGCGCCAAGCUGGACACUCAACCUCACAACAUCUAUGAGGAGUGUAUUGCCACUCAGAUACAGGGCACAGUCAUUCUGCCUAAGGUUAAUUUUGCACUGUUACAAGCGUCAGUAGUGGAGGAGGUGAUAUCGUUCUCAGCCCUGGACAACCUGAGAGAUCUCACUUGUGUCUCAUUGUUAGCUGUCUCAUUCGAGGGUAUCACUGCAAGAUUUCACUGUGGCAAACAGGCUCGAGAGGUGGUGCAGACUUUCCAUCGACCGACUGUUUUGCCCAGUGGACAGAAGAAGACAGGAGUGUUUGCCAAAGGUGGCAAGGCUUUCCUGCUAGGCCACCAGACAGCAGCAGUGACUGAUGUCAUUACUGGGGAGCCUGUUUACAUCGAGACUUCAGAGAAACAACAAGAGGAAUCGGUUAUCACCUUGAGAAUAAACAAGGUCCAUACACAGCUAAGGCGCCUGAGGAACGAGAGCACAAUACUGAAGGACGCAGUGAUCACUGCCAUCCCUAGUCACUGUUCUCGCGUCAUGUUCACCACCUGUUCUCAGCUCAGCACCCAGCCUCAAUCCCGCAACUUGCCCGACUCUGCUACGAUGAACAGCGAUGAGCCUGCAGUGGUCUGCCUUUCAGAAGACAAGUUAGGAUUUAUCAUGUUCGAAUGUGGCUUAGAGGGAGUCUCUAUUAAGGUAGUGAAGAGAUCUAAGUUUGAUAAGGAAGAAGAUGAGAUCAAGAAUGUGGCUACAGAAAAUGAAACCAAUUACACUGACUCCGUACGAUCCAAGGAUGAUAUUGAGGUUUCUGUAGUUAAUGAAGUCAACAAAUCAUCCUCUUUGAAGCCGGAAGAAAAAAGUGCGACACAUCCAGAAACACCUGGCAAUGUUUCAGCUAGUGCAGGAGAGACCAACCAACCUGACCCCUCAGUUGACCCUGCUGCCAGUUCAACCCAACCGAGUGCAGUGGCUCUUAAUGGAAAGAAUGGGAAUGCAUCAUCUUGUGUCAUUGAGGUACGACAAGUUUGGUUCAACUUUGCUGCUCCUCCUCGAGCACCCAUCACCCGUAAAAUAGAUUUCACAAGGUUGGACUGGAACCUCCUGAGUACAGUGUCACCUGCAAUCAAUGCCUGGAUGAAUCCCAGUAACCGGUUUGCCAUCCGCGUCGUCCACAUGUUGCGAUGUCGGUACCACCGCCGCUGUACUGCCAUCGUCACUUGUCUGAUGGCCGAGGCCCUCGACAUGCAAGGCAUACACAUGCCCAUCAAGAGUCGCUAUGGAAGAUUCACUCCUCUGUCCAAGACGUUACAAGAAGAUCCAUCUUGUCAGCUGUGCACUGUGCUGCAGAAGUACCUGCUACAGACUACCACCAACAUAGAGGACAACCUGCAUGAGACUGACCUGCCCCAUCUUUCUACUCUUAGACAAGGAGUUAUAGUGCUCAGUAGACAGUGGAAGAAUAUCUUGUACACUCCUCUACUGUUGGAACAUAACUUCAAGAGUAAACAUUUGCUGCGGAAGCCGAUGAAUGUCACUUUUGCCAUCCCAGAUCCUGAUGAGGAGAAUGUGCUUACGGACGGUGAGGGGGAGGGUUCGGGUGAAGAGUGUGAGGUCACUGACGAAUGUGCCAUGCUCCUCAAUGCUGAGGGUGGUUCCACAUUGCACAAAGUCCUCAAAGCCACCGCCACCGCACACAAACACGCUGUCUCCCCUGCAGCAGCUGUGUGUACAGCUCUACCAUCGUCCGUGAACCCUGGAGCAUCUGUGACUGGGGUCAGUCCUGCCAUCGCCAUACACUCUCCUGCUCACAAUUCACCCCAUCACCUCACACCCCUCGAUAGUCUCGUCUUCAGCUCCCCCACCUCGCCUAACUCGGUCCAGCAGCCGGGAAUAACCAGGAAGCGGUCACUGCUGCCCUCUCACCCUCCUUCAUCAUCCCGAGCCAGCAUUGUGUUUCCACUGUUGAGUGGUACCAACCCCUUUCUGCAUCACCACCAUCGCCGUGGGGAUAGCCAUGGAGACAAAGGCAUAGUAUUUGGUACUGGUUACUCAACACUGAAGGAAGACCACAAGUCACAUUCAUCACAUCACAGCCUUGUGCCAGAUAGCCAACCUUCCAUUGCCAGCCUAGACAAUCAGGUAUUGUCACCCGGCACAUACCAGAUGCCGGUACCGGGCCCACGUGAUGGGGAAGACCUCUAUACUUGGAUGGCCAAGCACCAGGACUUUGUGGAGACUGCCAAUGACAAGAUCGAACCUGGAGUUGUGAACAAGGCUGCUUUUUGGCCCGAGCCGAAGAUAGAAACAGAAGGUGUUGGUGUGAGUGUGACUCCUGGGACUCACCUUGUCAACCCAGACUACCUGCUAUUGGCUGCAGCAGGCUACAGUCUGUACCCAAUGCAUGACAACUUGCGGCUGCUGGAUGCUCAUCUUAUCUUUGAACCUCUUCUCUCCAGCCUGGGUGUCAUGCCACAGCAGAUGAUCAGUAACGCUGGUUCAGGAAAUAACUCCUUAGACUCAUGGGGCUCUAAUUUGUCCUUGGUUGGAGGAAUGGAAGCAAUGAGGAUAGAUAUUGUUGUAAGUGAAUACGGAAAACCUCAAGAUAAAAGGCCUCGAACCGGACCCAAAAAUGCAGGUACUCAACCUGGCAAAUUGAAUAAGCCAGAGAACAAGUUCUGGCUGGAGCUCCCACCUGAGACCCCGGCGUUUGUCUGUGAGCGAGUGGGUGUGGAGUUGGAGCUGUGUCGGGUGGCAGAUAUGACGAUCGUAGAGGACCUCAGUCGGCAGAGGCGCAACAUGCUCUAUGUCAGCAGGGGCCAGCUCAAGAAACAUUCCAGUACGGCUCUUAACUUAAGUGUCUCUGUGCGCUACAUCGCUCAGCAGGUGAACAUGCCCCUGCUAAGGUUACUGCACCAGAUCAGCAACAUGUACCAGAACGUGAAAGAGACACAAUCAGAGCUGAGAGAACAGCAGCCUGAUAGCAAAGUGGUGGCAAAAACUCCACCUGCAGUAGUCUCAGGUUUAGAUAUGCCUGAAAUGACUCUUCCACUGUUGACUACAGUGCCAGACCUAGAGAAGACCAAAUUACCUUUCCCCCACUCUCCUAGUGAAAGUAAACCAAUAAUAUCUCCAUCAUCAUCAGUCCGAUCACGACACACAUCAUUUGCCCAGAGACUUCGCUCAACUGGUAAAAGUGUUAAAGGUUACCUGAACCUUGGAGAGGCCACCAUCAGUGCAGCGCCAGGGCUGAUGGUCAGUAAGGAAGAAGUUGUCACUCCUCGGUGCUGGAAGACUGUCUACUACUUGCUUGACUUAUAUGCUACAAUGCCUGAGACCAAGACCAUUGCACACAGUCGCUUCUCUGUGGGAGGGGAUGUAUCUGAAGGUUACAAGGGUAACAAGAAAUACGACAUCUUGACCGAGGUAAAGUCCAAUGAAGAUAUUGAGAGAGGAGAGCAUCCUGUAGCCUCCACACCAAUACCACCUCACAAUCCUAGGGAAUUCAACCUGGGAGAGAAAACCCGUCUGGUGGUAAUGGCUGUGGCCAAGAUCCACCGCACACGGCUCCUGGCCACCCUCAGUGGCCUCAAGCUAGAGGCUGAGAUCACCAACCUCCACUCCAGCCUUACAGUACGCAAGAAGACCCGGCCCGCCAGCCUCGAGUGUUCUCUCACCGGCCAUGUCGGACGCACUAUGAUCAUUUUACUGGAAGGAGUGGCACCUAACCAACAGAUGGUAGUAAAGGUGACAGUGGGCAAGUCCCAAGCCUUAUACUCGAGUGUGACGAGACGAGGCCGAGACAAGAACUCAGGACUGCUGACAAUCGGAGCAGUGGCUGUUGACAUUCCACAACACCCCGUGGCACUGCACGGCAUGAUGACACGUGGCAGUAAACAACUAUCCUCCACACUUCAGGAGCUGAGAGUAACACGCACAUCCAGCCGUAUGAGUCGAGGUACAACGGUGGACGACGUGGACUCAGCUCCACAGCAAUCCCCCGGCCAGACACAAACUGCUGCAGCCCCUGAGCCACCCAGACAUCAGCUCAUCGAGCCUAAUCUGUUGCUGCAACCUCUCGUAAUGCAAUUUAGUGUUGUCCUCCAGAGCUUGAGCAUAACAGCAGCUCUGCUUCCAUCACUUCAGGCUCAGUACAAGAUGGACCAGGUGACGAGCACAGGAGUCACUGGCAGUAAGGCCAAGUUCAUCAUUGAUCUGCCUCAUCAUUCACUGUCCUUCUCCACCAAAGUACAGGUUACUGAGGCUAAUCUACCGUCUGAAGCCAGCAUAGAGUUGCCCAAAGUUCAUGUGUCAGCUGAGUACGUCUUAGACGGAGUUCAGCCUUCAGAGGGACCUUUCUUUGGUCAAGAAGGUGUUGUGCUGAGACAUGGAAACUAUAUAAGUGCUGUGGCUGACAUUGGUACAUUUGAACACUCCCUCACCACCGACCUACUGAACCACUUGGUUUUUGUACAGAAGGUAUUCAUGAAGGAAGUAAACGAAGUUGUACAGAAAGUGUAUGGAGGAGAGAAGCCAGUACCGUUGUGGUUUGAGGACUCUGAUGAUUCCUCCAACUCUUCUACAGUGAAACAGAUCUUAUUCACUUUGGUUAUCAGGAUAAAGAGGAUCCAGCUGACAGCAACUACCCCCACCAACUGUGCGGUACGGCUGGAGACAGGGGCUGUAGACUUCCAGCUGUCUAACCGGGUACAGAAUGUGUCAGGAGCCACCCAGCCCAAUGCUGCCCUCAAGAUCUUUGGGAAGGCUCAGGUGGAUGUCAACCUCAGCCUUGGUCAGCUCAUCAGGAAUGUACUCUUUGAGGAGGCUGAGCCUGAAUUUCAACAGUUUGCAUUCUUCAAAACUAGAAUUGUUUUGCGGAAUGCCUUCCAAGGAGAGAUGGUGGGGUCUGGCAGUGAAGACAAAGAGGUAGUGCUGAUUACUCUCAAGAGGCCAUUGAUCUACAUCCAGCCUAUGGCAGUGGACAAGGCUAUCCUGGUGUGGCUAAACUACAAGAAUGCCUAUGAAUAUUGGACAGAACAGAGGUCCAGUCUUAACAAGGAAGUGCUCACUGCUACUCAGCAGGUGUUUGAAAAAGUUCCAUUUGAGAAGUUGAGUACACCACACCUGGGCACCCUGUUCUUACAGCUAACAGUAGAAGAUAUGGGCAUUUGUGUGCCACUUAACCCUCUUCCACCCCAAACAACGUGGGGAGUCGGACGUCAGCUGUUUGCGGAGAGCGAGUCUUGUGCUGCUGUGGUGGUAACACUAGAGUCCACGAGUAUCUCGGCCUGUAGCUCCGGCUCGUUGGUCAGCAAGGGCAGGUUCUCCAGUCUUUGUCUCAGGUUUGCAGAUGAUUUUGAGACCUCUUUGGAUGACUGGAAGCCUGACACCAGUGAUACUGCUCUUGCCAUGAACUUGUGUGUGGUCUCAGAGGGAACUUAUGAGGUCUGCAGUCGAACUGUUGCUGCACAACGAAUGGACACAGAGAAUGCCAAAUGGUUCCUAAACGUGCAGUGGGCAAUGGAAGGCGUUGAUAUACACCUUGACGUGAAUGUAGGCAAGCAGUUGUCAGCGUUAGGGCAUACACUGACAACCCUGACAUCUGUACAAGAGGAUGAGGCUGCCAACCCAAGCUAUGACAGUGAUGAUGCCGACACAAAUGACAAUGCUGAUGCUAGUCAGGAAAGUAUUCUUCUACGACGUGGCAAACAUUUUACAUGUGACAGUUUGCCAGCCUUUGCCUUGGAUCCAUCACUGGACUCUAAGAGCCGAUCCAAACUUAUAGAAAAGGAGAUGUACGAACAAUCAAAGAUAAUCAAUGAUUUGCGAGCACUGGGAGCCUCUCAUGGCACAAUUGAACAAGAAAUGAAACGCCUGCGUGAGCUUGAAGCAAUGAUUUUCAAAGAUUUCCGAAGGGAUAUGAUUCAAAGACUUCGAAGGCAAAGUGUAAAAUCUGCAAAUAAAAACAAGACAACCUUCCGAUCUCGAUCAUUUAUUGUGCCAUCUCCAACUCCAGAACAUCAAAUUGAGAUUGAUAGCCCAGAUGAGACUGCAGCAGCCAGUAUAACAUCGGGUAGCUUCGACAGUUCACCACGCUCGGGGCCGUCUCGCUCAGCUUCCUUGCGUGCCUCUCGUGGUCUGGGGGCUCCUCGGGUCACAUUCAGUGACGCCCACAACAUUACAAGGCAAGCUUCAUUUCCUAGUGCCAGUUCAGAACUGAGCCUGCCAGUGGAAGACUGGACAGCAGACGGGCUGCGAUCUUCCCUUGCAGUUCACAAGAAUAGCUUUGAUUCAACUGAUGGAAGCACACUUCUGCUGGUGGAGCCAGAGAAGGAGCAUAGCACGACAAGCCCGCUGUACUCAGCUGCUCCAACACCUACCACACAGAAGCCUGUGGAACCUAACAUCGACUUUGAGCUGGACGUGAAGGUACUCAUCAACCGUGGCAAGUGUGUGCUGCAUACCAAGGACUUGGCACGUGAAGAAGACCUCAAGUUAAUGAAUCGAAUGAAAAAAGAGAGAAGUUGUUCUGGUGGGAUGUUUGAGUUUCCUCCAUCCAGCCCCAACCUUAGCCGCAGAUCUCAGAAGGACAGACAUCACGCAUCUACUUCAUCCAAUAGAUUGCGACAUCUGCAAGCAGCCAAUAUGUCAUCACUGGCUCAACUGGUAGAUUUGACCAUAUUCCACAUCCCUGGACUUGAUGUCAAGGUACACUACGAGUCUAAGACAUUAUUGGAGGAUGAGGAAAUACAAGGUCGCAAGGCUGGUGCUGGGACCAAGAAGGCCAGCCUAUUUGCGUGGACCACACUCCAAAGUAUUCCUGAGGAGACAAUCAUCUCUCCACAUAUUUUGGAGUUCCUGGAACAGACUUUGGAGCCCAUACCCACUCAGGGGAAGAGCUCACCUUUUGCCUCUCCAGGCCCAGUGAAUGCCAUGUUCACCAUCAGCAGAGGCGAUGACGUGGGACCAGGUGCAUGGGUGGCCGGUACCAGUGGCAGUCAAUAUGCCUAUGCCUCAUUCCCUGUUGAUGUCAUCGUCUACUUUCACAUGCAGCCCUCCACGUUCCGCUUCUCCUGCCUACCAGUGUCUCGAGUCGAGUGUAUGCUGCAGCUUCCCUCCUUGGACAUUGUCUUCUCUUCCAAGAGAGCUGAAACUGAGCCAUCCGGGUUUGGGGGAAGUACUACAACUCCCUCUGCGAUAGGAGGGUUGAGUGUAACAGGGUGCCUGGCUGACUUCUCCGUCUACAUUUUCCACCCCUACGGAGGCAAAAAAACAGGUCUAAAGGAAACACAGUGGUCACCCUUGGCGGACAGUGAGCGCAAAGAUUCGCUCAGUGUCAAUGUGGAGUUUGUCAAGUUUCACUUGUCACGUAGCCGCAAGCUGAACAUUGACAACAAGAGCUCCAAGUCUACUGGUCCUGACCAGAGCCAAGCAAUCAUACGUUUCUCAACGAUAAUAGAUAUUGGGUCUGCCUCGUUUAAGUACGACAUGAGGCGGCUGACGGAGAUUCUGGCGUUCCCCAAGGCAUGGUAUCGCCGCAGCAUUGUGCGCCGCCUAUUCCUGGGAGACUUUACUACCAUGGCUGUGUACAGUGAGGAGGAUAGCUCUCCCGACCAGGACAUCGAAGGUGAAAUAAGUGAAAGCAGUCCGAUGCUGGGUCCUAACAGAGACAAGUUGAGGCUUAACUUGGAAUCGGAUCUGGCAAGACAAGCUCGUCUUCGUUCAGAACAGAACAAAAGAGGAUCUAGUUCAGGAAGUCCAAGCCCUACAGAAACAAAGACAAGUUCAUCUACUUGGGAAACUUUAGUACUCUUUGCAGUGAACUUUAAAAGACUCAAUGUGCACAUGAACAUGGGAAAUGUUAUGGGGAAUGUUAUGUGGCUAACAAAGAACUUCCGGUCAGAAGGACGUCUGUCCAUCGGCAGCACAGGACACAAGAACAUGUUUAUUGGCUUAGGUUUGGGAGGCUCCAGUCUGGAGGCUAAGGGUGGCAUAGUGGGUGGCACAAUAGAGCUCAGCAAGAUUGAUACUUUCGUACUGAUCAGAGAAGAUCCAGGGAUGGAGCCAGACCACACUGUGGGACUCAAACUGUUUGCUCUGGAACUGAGACUGGACUACAUGGGCACAGGGGUCCUCAUGUGUCGAGUCAGCUCUCUGAACGUGUCUCUCCGUGAUGAGUGGAAAAUGACGAACCGCAAAUCUAGCAUUGACGUGUUCAACCCUACUCGCAGGCCUGCCAUGAUUUUCAUGCACGGGGAUCUCGGCUGGGACCAGCUGCAGCUGAUGAUCUCAAAGUCUACCACUGUGGACCUGCUCAAGAUGUAUUACAAGCUGGAUGAGUUCUUCUCGCAACAGUUCAAGAGCAGUAAGCGGGUGUUCUCGGCACUUGGUAACUCUCGCAACAAGACCAACAGCAACAGUGGUGGCAGCAGCAGCAGCUUCCGCAAACGCUCCCAUGCCCGCAAGAAACCGUCAGUGGGCCUCGGCGACAGAUCCACAGAUGGCAUUGGCAAUGCGUGGGUGGCUCAGGAUGCCAAGCACCACCGCCACUGGCAGCGUGUACUGGCACAAGUGGCAGGUCUUCACCUGUCCACAGUACGCCAACCCCUACCGGCCUCCGGCACCGUGCUUGGUGGCACCAUGGAGUUACAUGGACAGAACAUCUCCCUGGCCUGCUUUCAUGGGAUCAACUUCAAAUCCAAAUCCUGGGCUCUCUUUUCACUCAAAGAGCCUUGCAUCUCUUUUGCAACUGAAGCUCAAGAAGUCCAUUCCAAUGAAAAUGCAGAGGCUCUUGACGUUCACAUCGUCCAGACCCUGACGUUCAGCUUGGGUUUGACUGGUGAGCAGCCUCACGCCCCAGAACACCAGAGCAUGGCUACGGUCUGCAAGGUCUCCCGCAACGUUCUCUUUCCCCCUCAGUUCCGCACUCUGCAGGAGUGGUUUCACUAUGCCUUCUCCUGCAGUGAUAUUGAUGAAGUGGACCGGUUCCCGAGUGUGGAGCGAGAGCGUGCUGAGAGCAGUGAGGGAGGCCCGGUGCGCUCCCGAACACCUAAGCAAGACCCUAACCACACCAGAGAGGUGAUCUUUGCCUUGCCAUCGUUGCAGCUGCACCUCAAGACUGAACACUGGCAGGCAGCUUCCACUCCUGAUGCUUCAGAUGAGAAACCAAUGGUUGAGUGCAGUUUUGUUACUGAGUUUGAAGAUCACAUUUUUGUUACUGUGGAUGCUGAAGCUUUCUUUUUCCUUCAUGAUCUGAUCAUCUCAUAUAUAAGAGAGAAAGACAGAGUGAUGGGUUACCCACCGAGUGCAAGGGCUCAGAGUCCCGAGCUGGCUGAGAGGCGGCAGGCUCGUACAGACAGUGGCAGUGGAGGAGAGGGCACCAGUCGGAGUGCGGAAGGUGAUGGCACUGGAGACAAUGCUGCCAACCUCUCCGAGGAGGAGAAGAAAAGGAAAUCAUUUGAACACGGAGAAGUAACUGGACAUACUAAGGACUGGAGAAACUAUCAUUGCAAGACUUGGCAUUUGGAGCCAACUGUAAGGUUACUAUCAUGGGGUGGUAAAAGUAUAGAGCCUUACGGAGUGGACUACAUCUUGCAGAAACUAGGGUUCUCUCACGCUCGAACGACCAUCCCCAAGUGGAUGCAACGAGGCUUCAUGGAUCCCUUGGACAAGGUACUAGCUGUACUGGUGCUGCGGAUGGUGCAGAUCAUCCGAGAGGAUCCCAAGAUAGCAGAACAUAUGAGGCAACGCAGAUACAAUGGCAGCUCCUAAUAGUCAAUAGUCUACUAUCACUAUAUUAGCUUACAGUUGAUUGUUGUUCUGGUAGUGCUGUAUAUUUUGUACAUUAGUGGCUUAAAUCUGUGAUUUGUCAACUUGACUUUGCUAUUUUGUCUUUUUAAAAAUGUAUUUAUUCGGACUAGAGAUUGAGUGAUUGAGUGUAAUUUUUAUUAUAAGUUUAAAAUAGGUUAUAAUUUUUGUACAAUAAUUUAUAUAUUGUAUGAAUAGAUUCAUGCUAUAUUUACUUGUAUUCAAUUGUUAAUUGCAUGAAACCAAAUGUUAAUAUAUUCCGUGAUUGUUUUUUGUAUUAUAUCAUGUUUUAGUAAUUUCUUUAAAAAUUAUUUUGGGAAUUAAUACUUUCCAUUUACAUCUUUCAGAAUAGGGAUUGUAAGCUAAAUAAAAAUUUUAUUUGGUGAAAAUAUUUAUUUAUUAGAUAUCUCUCAAGAGAGUAACAUCUAUAAAAACAGCUUUCAUCAAAAAUUAGGAAAUUAAGUAUUCAAGAAAUGUAAGUAUACAUGACUAGGUUUGUAAGCUAUCCAAAUCUGUUAAUUAAUCUAUUUAUUUAUUUCUUUCAAUAGAAUACCUUUUGAAGAAUGAUAGGACUAUGAUUUGUAUAAUCAAGUUUAAAAUUCAUCAUAUAAACCAUUACACAUUUUAGGCAUUUUUCAUGUCUACUUGUAUCUGAUAUGUAAAAAAUAGACAUUUUUGAUUUUGUGAUAUUGUAAAAAUGUAAGUAUUUUAUGUGGGAAAAACAUUCCGAAGUAAUGAAAAAUGUGUCCAAGUAUAUUGUAGAAAGAUUUAGUUGAUUCAUUAUUUGAUUAUUGUGCUUUCAUAGGAAGUUGCAUAGAAAUUAUACCCACCAUAUGUAAUUUAUCAUAUCCAUCUUCUCUAUUAUGAAUAUUUUCUUUUAUUUAAUUGCUCAAUUUGAUAUUAUUUUUGAAUUUAUUGGUAUAGUUUGCCUAUAUUAUGUAUAUUUUAUUAUAAUGUACUCUCUAGUCAGGAACUUAAUACAGAACUUUUGUUUAGUGUAUUUUAUAUUCUUUAAUAAUACCCAUGGAAGAAAGCAUAUAUUUACAGUAUGCUAUUUUCUCUUUAUCUUACUAAACUGGAAAGGAUUUCUAUGAUUCCUUACAAUGAAAAUAGUUAUUAAAAACAACAAAAAUAUACUUGUUUUUAAAUAUG